GAGAUUUGAGAAGAUUCUGAGUCCAGAUUACCAAGAACACUUUGAGGGUAAAGAGCAGAAUGAGAGUGAUGCCAGAGAAGGGGCUCUUAAGAUGGCACUGCACUUCCUGAGGAACAUGAAACAGAAUAGUAUUGCUGACAAACUGCAAGAAAUUGAACUUUGUGUAGUGUGGCAGAGAGAGCUGAAAAGAAAUCUCAAGAAAAGAUACCAGAGUGUGUUUGAAGGAAUACCCAAGCAAGGCAGCUCUGCUUUGCUAGAAAAGAUCUACACAGAGGUUUACAUCACAGAGGGAGAAAGUGGAAAAGUAAAUGAGGAGCAUGAAGUCAGGCAGAUUGAGUCCAAAUCCAAGAGACCAGCUGGACAGGAGACACCAAUCAAAUGCACAGACAUCUUUCAGCCCUUACCUGGCCAAGACAAACCAAUCAGAAGUGUCAUCACAAAGGGCGUAGCUGGCAUUGGCAAAACUGUCUCAGUUCAGAAGUAUAUCCUGGACUGGGCUGAUGGGAAAGAAAACCAGGAUAUCCACUUCAUAUUUCCACUGCCUUUUAGGGGGCUCAACAGCAUACAAAGCAAACAAUUCUCUUUGAUGAAUCUUCUUCACCACUUUUUCUCAGAAAUAAAGCAGUUGACUUUUCCCAGCCAGGGGAAAUACAAAGUGUUGUUCAUAUUUGACGGUCUGGAUGAGUGUCGACUCCAACUAGACUUUCAGAAAAAUGAAAUUUUGACUGAAGUGACAACAGCCACUUCAUUGGGUGUUCUGCUGACAAAUCUCAUCAAAGGUGAUCUGCUUCGCUCUGCUCUCGUUUGGAUCACCUCUCGACCAGCAGCAGCCAAUCAAAUCCCUCCUGAGUGUGUUGACCGUGUCACAGAAGUACAAGGGUUCAGCGAUGCUCAGAAGGAAGAGUACUUCAGGAAGAAGAUCAGUGAUGAGAAUCUUGCCAGCAAAGUUAUCACUCACAUAGAAUCAUCAAGAAGCCUCCACAUUAUGUGCCACAUACCAGUGUUUUGCUGGAUUGCUGCUACUGUUAUUGAAUUACUUCUCAAGACUAAAGGAAGUCAGCAAGUUCCAAAGACUUUGACAGAGAUGUACACGUAUUUCCUUGUUUUUCAAACCAAGCAGAGGAGUCUGAAGUUUGAAGGAGUUUAUGACACAGAUCCACAGUGGAACCAGGCUGGUCUCCUUGCUCUUGGGAAGUUGGCCUACGAGCAGCUGAACAAGGGCAACCUGAUCUUUUAUGAAGAAGACCUGAGAGAGAGUGGUAUUGAUGUCAGAGAGGCAGCAGUACACUGUGGCAUCUGCACCCAGAUCUUUCAGGAGGAGUCAGGCCUUCAUCAGGAAAAGUUGUACUGCUUUGUGCAUCUGAGCAUCCAGGAGUACCUUGCAGCUUUGUAUGUGAUCCUGAUGUUAAUAACUAAGGGGAAAGAUCUCAUAUCCCCACAACAACCCCCCAGACCAGUGUUUCAACGUCUGAAAACGAAAACGGGCAAAUCCAUGACCACCUUACAGAAGAGUGCUGUAGACAAAGCAUUGGAACAUGAAGAUGGGUGCUUUGAUCUGUUCCUCCGUUUCCUUCUUGGCCUCUCUCUGGAAUCCAACCAGAGACUCUUGAGAGGUCUGAUAAAAAAAGGACAACAUGAAAGCAAAGAGGAAAUAGCCAGUUACAUAAAGACAAAGAUCCGGGAGAUGCCAUCAUUAGAAAGAGUUAUCAACCUCUUCCACUGUCUGAAUGAAAUCAAUGAUCACUCCUUAGUGGAUGAGGUCCAGAGCUUCCUGAGUGCAGGGACACUUUCUGCAGCCAAACUCUCAUCCACCCAGUGGUCAGCUCUUGUGUUUGUGCUUCUGACAUCAGAAGAAAAGCUGGAUGUGUUUGAUUUGAAGAAGUACAGCAUGUCUGAUGAAUGUCUCCUAAGGCUCCAGCCAGUAGUGGAGGAAUCCCAAAAGGCUCUCCUGGAUAACUGCAGUAUUGGAGAGGAAGGCUUCAGAGCUCUUGCAUCAGCACUGAGAACAAACCCCUCACACAUGAGAGAGCUGCAGCUGAGUAGGAAUAAAGCAGGAGACUCAGGAGUGAAGCAUCUUUCUUCUCUUCUGGAGGAUCCCAACUGUAAACUGGAGAAACUAGUGCUCAACAGUUGUGGGCUCACUGAGAGGAGCUGUGCAGCUCUUGAAUCAGCACUGAGAUCAAACCCCUCACACAUGAGAGAGCUGCAGCUGAGUGGGAAUAAAGCAGGAGACUCAGGAGUGAAGCAUCUUUCUUCUCUUCUGGAGGAUCCCAACUGUAAACUGGAGAAACUACAGCUCUCUGACUGCAGUAUCACAGAGAAGGGUUAUGCUACUCUUGCAUCAGCACUGAGAUCAAACCCCUCACACAUGAGAGAGCUGCAGCUGAGUGGGAAUAAAGCAGGAGACUCAGGAGUGAAGCAUCUUUCUUCUCUUCUGGAGGAUCCCAACUGUAAACUGGAGAAACUACAGCUCUCUGACUGCAGUAUCACAGAGAAGGGUUAUGCUAGUCUGGCUUCAGCCCUGAGAUCAAACCCCUCACACAUGAGAGAGCUGCAGUUGAGAGAGAAUAAAGCAGGAGACUCAGGAGUGAAGCAUCUUUCUUCUCUUCUGGAGGAUCCCAACUGUAAACUGCAGAAACUUGACCUGCAUAACUGCAGUAUUGGAGAGGAAGGCUUCAGAGCUCUUGCAUCAGCACUGAGAUCAAACCCCUCACACAUGAGAGAGCUGCAGCUGGGUGGGAAUGAAGCAGGAGACUCAGGAGUGAAGCAUCUUUCUUCUCUUCUGGAGGAUCCCAACUGUAAACUGGAGAAGCUACAUCUCGAUAUCUGCAGUAUUGGAGAGGAAGGCUUCAGAGCUCUUGCAUCAGCACUGAGAUCAAACCCCUCACACAUGAGAGAGCUGCAGCUGGGUGGGAAUGAAGCUGGAGAAUCAGGAGUGAAGCAUCUUUCUUCUCUUCUGGAGAAUCCCAACUGUAAACUGGAUAAACUACACCUGGAUAACUGCAGUAUAAGAGAUGAAGGUUUCCGAGCUUUAGCAUCAGCACUGAGAUCAAACCCAUCAGCCCUCAGAGUGCUCUGGCUGAAUUGGAAUCAUCCUGGACCCUCAACACAGCAGCUGUUCUCUGAACUGAAGAAACAUCCAAACUGUAAACAUCUACAAAUAUAUGGACUCUAAUGAAUCCAUCCUGUUGUGUUCCAUCUGAAUCAUGUUUUUACACUGUGCAUAAAUAAGUGUUGCAGCACAUACUUGAAGUAACAUGUUUUAAAGUGACUUAUGUAAAUAUGGAAAUUGUAAGUAAUAUUGUAUAAAGGAUGUUUACAAUAUAAACACCU